AUGCAGAUGUUGAAGGGCUUCCUUCCUGGUAUACAGGAGGAAACAUUAUCUUCAUCGGAGUCCAGGGAAGUCGAUGAUGCAAAAACGGAGAUGGAUGAUCCAGAGAAGGCAAUGGCUACGGUUGCUCAGCUCAUAGAGCAACUUCACGCUAAAACAUCUUCUCCACAAGACAAAGAACUCACGACAGCUCGUCUGCUAGGUAUUGUAAAAGGUAGAAAGGAGGCAAGAAGGCUGAUCGGUUCGUAUCCUCAAGCAAUGCCUUUAUUCAUUUCCUUGCUUAGAAAUGGGACGAGUUUGGCGAAAGUAAACGUGGCGUCGAUCCUCUGUGUUUUAUGCAAAGACAAAGAACUGCGACUAAAAGUGCUUCUAGGAGGAUGCAUCCCGCCGUUACUCUCGGUUUUGAAGUCUGGAACCGUUGAAACUAGGAAAGCAGCUGCAGAAGCUAUAUAUGAGGUUUCUUCUGCUGGAAUUUCGAAUGAUCACAUUGGCAUGAAGAUAUUUAUCACAGAAGGUGUAGUGCCAACUUUGUGGGAUCAACUCAGUCUGAAAGGAAAACAGGAUAAUGUGGUUGAAGGGUACGUUACUGGAGCUUUGAGGAAUCUUUGUGGCGUUGAUGAUGGUUAUUGGAGAGUGACGUUAGAGGAGGGUACUGGUGUAGACAUAGUUGUGUCUCUUUUGUCAUCUGAUAAUCCUAAUUCUCAAGCAAAUGCUGCUUCUCUGCUGGCUCGUCUAGUGAUGUCCUUUUGUGACAGCAUCCAGAAAAUAUUAGAUUCUGGAGUUGUCAAGUCUCUGAUUCAGCUUUUGGAACAGAAGAAUGAUGUAAAUGUUCGUGCUAGUGCAGCAGAUGCUUUGGAAGCUCUUUCAUCAAGAUCCGAUGAAGCUAAGAAAUGUGUUGAAGAUGCAGGAGGUGUUCAAGCUCUCAUUGGAGCGAUUGUUGCUCCAUCGAAAGAGUGUAUGCAGGGAAAACAUGGACAAUCCCUACAAGAACAUGCGACUGGAGCUUUGGCAAAUGUGUUUGGUGGGAUGCGCCAUUUGAUUAUAUAUCUUGGAGAAGUAUCUCAAUCCCCUCGUCUGACGGAACCAAUUGGUGAUGUAAUUGGAGCCCUUGCCUAUGCUCUAAUGAUUUUCAAGCAACCAGUGAGCUCUGAGAAGUUAUUUGAUCCGAGAGUGAUAGAGAGCAUUUUGGUGAAGUUACUAAAGCCUCGUGACACAAAGUUAAUCCAAGAACGGAUCUUGGAGGCUAUGGCUAGCUUGUAUGGAAACGGUAGUCUAUCGUGUUACCUAGAUGAUGCAGAAGCUAAGAGAGUCCUUAUCGCGCUCAUAACUAUGGCUUCCGCUGAUGUACGAGAGCUUCUUAUAAUUUGCUUGUCUCGCUUAUGUCAUGAGAAAUUUGGAAUUUGGGAGGCGGUUGGAAAGAGAGAAGGAAUCCAAUUGUUUAUAUCGUUUCUAGGUUUGUCUAGUGAGCAACACCAAGAGUAUGCUGUUGAAAUGCUGGAAAUUUUGACAGCCCAGGUCGAUGAUAGUAAAUGGGCUGUGACCGCAGCCGGGGGGAUUCCUCCACUUGUUCAGUUGCUCGAGACUGGAUCUCUAAAGGCCAAGGAAGAUUCUGCCAGGAUCCUCUGGAAUUUGUGCUGUCACAGUGAGGAAAUCCGUGAUUGUGUUGAAAGAGCUGAUGGUAUUCAGGCAUUCUUGUGGCUACUGAAGACCGGUGGACCGAAUUCCCAGGAAACAUCUGCAAAGACACUAGUGAAGCUUGUCCGUACAGCUGAGCCUGCUACAAUUAAUCAGUUGUUGGCUUUACUUCUGGGAGAUAAUCCGAGUUCUAAGGUUCAUGUAAUACAAGUAUUGGGUCAUGUGCUUUCUAAAGCUUCGCAAGAGGAUCUUGUUCAUAGCGGAUGUGCUGCUAACAAAGGACUGAGGUCCCUUGUACAGUCCUUGACAUCUUCCAGGGAUGAAACAAAGGAGCAUACAGCUUCAGUCUUAGCUGAUCUGUUUAGCUCAAGACAAGAUAUCUGUGAUCAUCUUGCGACUGAUGACAUUAUUAAUCCAUGGAUUAAGCUCCUUACGAACAACACUCAGAAUGUGGCGAAACAGGUGGCUAGGGCUUUGGACGCACUGUCCCGCCCGGUGAAGAAAAACUCUCAUAAAAAGAAGUCUUACAUUGCAGAAGGAGAUUUUAAGUCACUCAUAAAAUUGGCUAAGGACUCUUCCAUUGAGUCUGCAGAAAAUGCAGUUUCUGCUCUGGCAAAUAUUCUGUCUGAUCCGGAUAUUGCUGCAGAAGCACUAGCUGAAGAUGUUGUUUCAGCUUUCACAAGAAUUUUGGCUGAUGGAUCUUCAGAGGGUAAGAGAAAUGCAUCACGGGCACUUCAUCAGUUACUUCAGAACUUUCCAGUUUGUGAUGUGCUAAAGGGAAGCGCCCAGUGCCGUUUUGCUAUGCUUUCACUCGUUGAUUCUCUAAAAGCAAUUGAUAUGAAUAGCACAGAUGCUUUCAACAUACUGGAAGUCGUUGCACUCUUGGCAAGGGCUAAGGAUGGAGUAAAUUUCUCUUACCCUCCAUGGAUUGCCCUUGCCGAAGUGCCAUCAAGCGUGGAGACCCUUGUGCAAUGCCUUGCUGAAGGCCGUACUCUUGUGCAAGAUAAGGCAAUAGAAAUUUUGUCCAGGCUUUGCUCUGAUCAACAACUUCUGCUCAGUGAACUUAUAGUUUCAAGAUCCAAGUCAAUAGGGGUUUUGGCUGAUAGAAUCGUGAAUGCAUCGAGCUUAGAAGUGAGAGUUGGAGGGACAGCGCUGCUCUUAUGUGCUGCAAAAGAGAAGAAGCAGCUGAUCAUGGAGGCACUUGAUCAGUCUGGUUUUUCAAAGAUCUUGUUACAUGCUCUAGUAGACAUGAUAAAGCACAAUUCUGAAUGCUUUUCUAUAGAAACUGAAGUCCAGACAUCUAAAGGUUUUAUGGAAACAAAUGUUGUCCAGGAUACAGGUGGUUUUUAUUUCCCUGAUCCAGCUAAAAUCUUGGGUGGUACAGUCGCACUGUGGCUGCUAUGCGUACUCACUUCUGUUGAUGCUAAGUCAAAGCUCAUUGUUAUGGAAGCUGGCGGACUUGAGGUUCUCUUUGGGAAGCUUGCUAGGUAUACUUCCAGUCCUCAGGCUGAAUUUGAGGAUACAGAAGGAAUUUGGAUUAGCGCUCUCCUCCUGGCUAUCAUGUUCCAGGAUGACAAUGUGUCCUUAUCUUCAACGACAAUGCAGAUCAUUCCAACACUUGCACUUUUGCUAAGAUCUGAUGAACUGAUAGAUCGGUAUUUCGCUGCCCAUGCAAUGGCUAGUCUUGUUUGUACUGGGAACAGAGGAAUAAAUCUGACAGUUGCAAACUCAGGUGCUGUUUCUGGGAUAAUAAACCUUCUUGGCUAUGUGGAGUCAGAGAUGCUGAACUUGAUUGCUUUGGGAAAUGAAUUCUCUCUGGUGAAAGAGCCUGACCAAGUCAUUCUUCAACACCUUUUUGAAAUUGAAGAUGUGAGGCUUGGCUCCACUGCACGCAAAUCUAUCCCACUGCUUGUUGAUCUCUUAAGGCCAAUUCCAGAUAGGCCAGGAGCCCCUCAAUUUGCCGUCCAAAUCUUGAUUCGCAUUGCUGAUGGAAGUGACACAAAUAAAUUGCUAAUGGCUGAAGCUGGAGCUGUGGAAGCUUUAACGAAGUACCUUUCUCUAAGCCCUCAAGACUCAACUGAGUACAUCAUAUCUGAAUUGCUUAGGGUGUUAUUUAGCAACCAUGAGCUUAGACAAAACGAAAUGGCUCUAAGUUCCUUGAAUCAGCUUAUAGCAGUACUUCGUCUGGGGUCGAGAAGUGCAAGAUACAGCGCCGCUGGGGCUCUGAAUGAGCUCUUUGAUGCUGAACACAUCAGAAAAUCUGAAAUCGCCUGCCAGGCUGCUCAACCAUUGAUGGACAUGCUCGGCUCUGUAUCAGAGAGUGAGCAAGAGGUAGCUCUCUCUGCAUUGAUUAAACUAAGCUCAGGAAAUACUUCGAAUACAGCUCUUCUGAUUGAUGUGGAAGACAGUCUGCUGGAAAAUCUAAACAAAAUCUUAUCAUCUGCUUCUGCUUCUGCUUCAGAGGAGUUAAAGAUAAAUGCUGCCAGACUUUGUUCUGUUGUUUUCUCGAACAAAAACGUCAGAGCAAGUCCAUCCGCCUCCGAAUGCAUGAAGUCCCUAAUAACUCUUAUGCAGUCUGGAAGAAGUGCAGAAGUUGAAGCAGCAGUUUGUGCUAUUAAGAUAUUGUUGGAUGACGAGCAACAGUUGGAACUCGCGGCAGCUCAUGACAUUCAGGAGAUUCUUGUUGGCUUGGUUUCCGGAACAAAUUACAGAGUUAUUGAGGCUAGCUUAUCAGCUCUCAUUAAGCUGGGGAAAGACAGAGUACCACGCAAGUUGGAGAUGGUGGAAGCUGGAAUAAUUGAUCGAUGUCUUGAGCUACUACCUGGGGCCUCAAGUUCGUUAUGUUCCUCUGUUGCAGAGCUGUUUCGAAUUUUAACAAAUAGUGGAGUAAUCGCAAGAAGACCAGAUGUUACAAAAAUUGUAGAACCUCUUUUCAUGGUCUUGCUCCGAUCAGACUUGACCUUAUGGGGGCAACACAGUGCGUUACAAGCACUUGUUAACAUUUUGGAAAAACAGCAGAGCCUUGAAGCUUUUAGUUUUACGCCCAGUGAAGCCAUGGUGCCUCUGAUUUCAUUUUUGGAGUCUUCGUCUCAAGCCAUCCAGCAGCUUGGAGCAGAACUUUUGAGCCAUUUUCUUACAAUGGAAGAUUUCCAGCAAGACAUCACAACACAGAGUGCUGUUGUUCCUCUGGUUCGGCUUGCUGGAAUUGGAAUACUGAGCCUGCAGGAAACUGCGAUAAAGGCACUGGAGAAGAUUUCAGCUAGCUGGCCUAAGGCUGUUCUUGAUGCUGGAGGUAUUUUUGAGCUAUCCAAAGUUAUUCUUCAGGAGGAUCCUCAGCCAUCUCUUGAUCUGUGGGAGUCAGCUGCUUUUGUUCUCUCCAAUGUUCUGCAGUGUGACGCAGAAUGCUUUUUCAGAGUUGAACUACCAGUUUUAGUAAAAUUGUUGUUCUCGACGAUUGAAAGCACGGUGAUGCUGGCUCUUAAAGCAUUGAUGAUUCACGAGAAGAACGAUGCUUCAAGCACAGUACAAAUGGCUGAGCUUGGCGCAAUCGAUGCAUUACUAGACCUCCUGAGAUCUCAUCAGUGCGAGGAAGAGUCAGGAAGCUUGCUCGAAGUAAUAUUUAACAAUCCAAGGGUAAGAGAGUUGAAGUUAUGCAAAUACGCGAUAGCACCACUCUCUCAGUAUCUGUUGGACCCUCAGACGAGAUCAGACCCUGGUAGACUUCUUGCUGCUCUUGCACUUGGAGACCUUUCUCAACACGAAGGGCUUUCUAGAUCCAGUGGUUCUGUUUCCGCUUGUCGUGCGCUCAUUAGCGUGCUAGAAGAACAACCAACAGAAGAAAUGAAAGUGGUGGCGAUAUGUGCGUUGCAGAAUUUUGUAAUGAAUAGUAGAACAAAUAGGCGAGCUGUUGCAGAGGCUGGUGGUGUAUUGUUAAUUCAGGAGCUGCUUCUUUCUUGCAACGCAGAAGUUUCUGGGCAAGCUGCACUGAUGGUCAAGUUUUUGUUCUCCAACCACACACUCCAAGAAUAUGUCUCGAAUGAGCUUAUACGAUCACUAACAGCUGCACUUGAGAGAGGCUUGUGGUCUACAUCAACUAUAAAUAUCGAAGUUUUGAGAACCAUAAAUGUGAUUUUCUCCAACUUCCCCAAGCUCCGUGCCUCAGAAGCUGCUACUUUCUGCAUCCCUCAUUUGGUAGGGGCGCUCAAAUCUGGUGGUGAAGAUGUUCAAGGGUUAGUAUUGGAUAUUCUCUACUUGAUAAGACACUCGUGGACAAGUAUGGGUAUAGACGUUGCAAAGUCUCAAGCCAUGAUUGCAGCUGAAGCGAUUCCCGUCCUGCAAGUGCUGAUGAAAACAUGUCCUCCUAGGUUCCACGACAAGGCAGACAGCUUAUUGCACUGCUUACCAGGUUGCUUAACAGUGAACGUCAUGCGUGCCAAUAACUUAAAGCAGUCUAUGGCAAGCACAAACGCCUUUUGUCAACUAACAAUAGGAAACUGCCCUCAACGGCAAACUAAGGUUGUGAGCAACAGCACUUGUCCUGAGUGGAAAGAAGGCUUUACUUGGGGAUUUGAUGUUCCUCCCAAAGGACAAAAGCUUCACAUCAUUUGCAAGAGCAAAAGCACAUUCGGAAAGACAACUCUAGGUCGUGUCACAAUCCAAAUCGACAAAGUGGUGACGGAAGGAGUGUACAAUGGAUCUCUAAGCCUGAAUCAUGAAAACAGCAAAGAUGCUUCUUCCAGAUCUAUCGACAUCGAGAUUGCAUGGUCCAACAGAACAACGGAUGAUGCUCUUUGA